AUGAUUGCUUGCCGACAACUUUCGGGCCGCGUCGCCGAUGCCAUUGCCACCUGCGAAAAACUCCUGCAGGACCUGGAUGCGAGCCAGCCCCUGCUGAGCGAAGCUGCCGAGUUGCUGCGAGAGAUGCGUGACUUUGAGAAGGAGCAGUUUGACGACUGGACCCAAGACGUGCAAGAUGACCUUGCCAACGAGGAUAUCAUGCUGGAGACGACAGGCCGACUCAUGCACUUUGAUCACGGUGACGGCCAGCUCAAAGUCCACUACAGUGACCGCCUGCUCAACCUUAUUCGAGAGGUGCGCCAGCUGACGGCACUCGGCUUUGUGCCUCCUAAAGACGUGGUCCAAGCAGCCAACACCGCCCAGAAGUAUUAUCGCCAAGCCGUGAUUCUCAAACAGGUGGCCCACUUCUACAACACCAUCGACAGCCAGAUCUUAGAGCCACAGUAUUUGCUUCUGGAAGGUCAUGCCCGUGCUCUCGAAGCCAUUGUGAAGCGCCCGCUGAAGGACGGUGACAAUGUACAGUGGAGCGACACAGCUGCCUUGGACAAGUUUAUCGGCCAGGUGCAGACCGCUGCAGAGAAUCUCACCCGUGAGAACCGCCACUUACGGCGAGCGCAUCAAAACUUUACCGACAUCGUGCUCCGCCUCUUCAACACUGAUCUUCUCCGACAACAAGCCACCUGGAAGAAAGCGCUUGAAGACAUGCGCCACGAAUGUGUGGCGCUUCAAUCGCGCGGCUAUAGCAAGGAGGCCAUGUUGCCCUGGCAGCAGCACUGGGACUAUCAGCUCUACAAAGCACUUGAGUUUCAGUACCAUCUUGGCUUGGAAAAGCUUCACGAGAAUCUGCCGGAGAUUGAGAUUGACCUCGUCCUCAAGCAGCACCAACUGCAGUUUCGGCCUCCACUGGAAGAAGUCAAGGCCAAGUACUACCGAGAGCUGAAGCGUUUCGUUGCAAUUCCCGAAAAGUUUGGCGGCCUGGCCGACCCCAAACUCUUCCGGGCCAUCCUGCAGCGUGCUUCGGGGGCUUUUGCUUCAGUUUAUCGCAAAGCAGAACACCUGUUUCUCAAGCUGACCAAAGCUUCAGCGCCUUUCAAGGAGUGGGUUGCUCUGGCCAGCGUGGACGUCGAGGCUCUAGCUGCAGACCAUCUGACCGAGCCAGCCGACUGGGAGUACAACUUCCGCAUGCUCAAGGCCAAGGGACGCGAAGCGGAGAAACUGCCCAACGCUGUCAAAGUGGAUUGCAUGAAUGUCUCCACGACGCCUGUCAAGGCGGCCAUCGACGACAUCAUGCAACGCAUGUUCGAUGCCCUCGUCAACUCGCUGCGGCGCGCCGUUACCAAGCAUGUGGCGGACAUUGAUGACUUUGUGGAGAAGGGCAUGGAGGCGCUGAGUGCACGGCCACAAACCUUGGCUGAGAUCGGGGAAGUCAACGCGCAACAUGCGCAACUGUCCCGGGACAAGCCGGGCAUUCUACCGCUAUUUGCCAAGGCCGAGGCCAAGAACAAGCUGCUGCGCAGCGUCAUUGGCUCGGACGUUGACCUACAAGCCGUACAGCAACGAUGGGACAAGUUUGACCUCAUGCUUGAGUCACACGCCAUGAUGAUCAAAGAGCAGGUCGAAACCAUGCGCACAGGUGUUGAACAGCGAGCAGCUGCUUUUACCCAAACGGCUGAAAAGUUUGCUUCACGCUGGGAGGCCCUCCGCCCACGCGAAACGGAAUUGGGGAGUCGCGAAGCAGCUCUCGCGGCCAUUGCCAAUCUCAAGGAGCGGCGCAAAGAGUUGGAUGAGCUUUUGGCUCAGUGGACGACUGUGCGGGAAGAGUGUGACCACUUUCAGGUGCCCUUAACGGCCGCGCCAGUGGUUGAAGCCGUCCAGGAGAGCAUUGCUGGCAUGGAAGCCACGUGGACCGUCUUUGAAGAAUUUGUGGGGGGCUUGGAAAACUUUUCGAGUGAGGACUGGGUGUCGAUUCGCAGUAAGACGCACCUCUUUGCCGAUUAUCUGGAUGGAUGGGUCGCCCGCCUCAAGGAUAUGCCUCAAAAUACCGUCAGCUUGCGCGUGCGCUCUGACGUCGAUCACUACCAACAAGCCCUGCCGCUGCUGCGUUAUGUGCGCGGUGACAGCUAUUCGGCCGAGCACUGGGUGGAGCUUUUCCAACUCAUCGGCCUGCCUGCUAGCACCAGCAUCGACGAACUUAAGUUUGGUGCGCUUUUGCAGGUUGCAGAAACCAUUGCCAAGAAUGAGGCAGCCAUCAAGCAUCUGCAUUCCCGCGCCCAGGGCGAGAUUACAAUUCGCGAGGCUCUGCACGAGAUUGAUCUCUGGGGUGCAGCCUGCACCUUCGAGUUGACCGAGUACACGGACUGCUCGCGAAAUCAGGUCCCGCUGGUGCGCGAUUGGAAGGAUCUUCUCAGCAAGCUUGGUGACAAUCAGACGCUGCUAACAAGCCUGAAGGAUUCACCUUUUUUUCCUCCCUUUGCGGACCGAGCACAGCUCUGGGAAAGCAAACUAGCAGAGCUGUCCCAAGUCUUGGACCUGCUCAAAGAUAUCCAGCGGCGCUGGGUCUAUCUGGAGCCCAUCUUUGGUCGUGGUGCCUUGCCCAAGGAACAGGCCCGCUUCAAAGCAGUCGACAGUGACUUUCGCAGCAUUACCGCGGGCAUUGCGCGCGAUCCGCGCGUGACCCAGCUGGCAGGCCGCGGUGGCUUUGUCAGCAAGCUCGAAGGCAUGCUGGAUCAGCUCGUGCGCUGUCAGAAAUCGCUCAACGCCUUUCUCGAGGAGAAGCGCACAAUCUUCCCGCGGUUCUAUUUCAUUGGCGACGACGAUUUGCUGGAGAUUCUGGGCCAGGCGACUACACCUGCAGUCAUUCAGAGCCAUUUGAAAAAGCUCUUCGCCGGUAUUCAUCGCGUCGGGUUUGAUGCAAACCAGCAGUCCAUUUUGGACAUGCGCAGCCAAGACGGGGAGCGCGUUGAAUUGCGCACCAAGGUGACGAUCACACACAACGUUGAGGAGUGGUUGGUGCAGCUGGCCGAUGCCAUGAAGGAAGCACUUGUCGACCUUCUGAGUAACGCUGUGCGGGAUGGGACCAACCGAGAGCCGACCGCUUAUCCAUCGCAAGUCCUCUGCGUGGCUGAGCAGAUUGACUUUACGGCCCAGGUUGAAGCUGCUCUGGUCGGGGGUGCUGCUGUCAGCCCGGCCCUGAGCAAGGUGCGCGAGAGCUUGGCCACAAAUCUUGCCGCUCUGACAAGCAGUGCCAUAGAGGGCAAUGAUGCUGAUGCCAACGUUCUACGACUCAAACUCAAGGCCUUGGUUCUUGACGUUAUUCACAUGAUCGAGGUGGUUGAUUUGUUGCUUGAGAACCAGGUGACUGAUGCACGAGACUGGUAUUGGCAGAAGCAAUUACGCUACGUGCUGACGCCGCAGAAGACGGCUGCCAUCCUCAUGUGCGACGCAGAGUUUGACUACACAUACGAAUACCAGGGCAACGCUCCCAAACUGGUGCACACACCACUUACGGACAAAUGCUACCUGACUCUGACCCAAGGCAUGCACAUGGGUUUUGGAGGCAACCCGUACGGCCCUGCCGGCACGGGUAAGACUGAGUCCGUCAAAGCCCUGGGCAAUGCCAUGGGCCGGCAGGUCCUCGUGUUCAACUGCGACGAAGGCAUUGAUGUGAAGAGCAUGGGCCGCAUCUUCAUCGGCCUCGUCAAGUGCGGUGCAUGGGGCUGCUUUGACGAAUUCAACCGCCUUGAGGAAGCCGUUUUGUCCGCAGUGUCCACGCAAAUUCAGGUAAUUCAAGCGGCCAUCAAGGCACGCCAGGCCGAAGCUGAUCUUCUCGGCCGUCGGGUUGACAUUAACCCCAAUUCGGGAAUUUUCAUCACCCUGAAUCCCGCCGGCAAGGGCUAUGGUGGUCGCCAGAAGCUGCCCGACAACCUCAAGCAGCUCUUCCGGCCCGUCGCCAUGUCCAAGCCAGACCUCGAGUUGAUUGCUGAAGUGAUUCUCUUUUCUGAGGGCUAUCGGCAAGCAAAGACGCUUGGGCCGAAGUUGGUGAGCCUCUAUGCCAUGGCACGUGAGCUGCUGACCCCACAGCAGCACUAUGACUGGGGCCUGCGCGCCCUCAAGACCAUCCUGCGGGCAGGUGGCACGCUGCUGCAACAGCGCCGCGAAUCCGGUGAGGAGAUCACCAGUGAGCUUGAAGCUCAGCUGCUCGUGCAAGCGUGCCGCGUGAACACGCUCAGCAAGCUGAGCUUUGCCGAUGCCCGGCGUUUCGACUCAUUGAUUUCCGACAUCUUCACUGGCGUUGAAGCGCCUGCGAUCGAGUACCCGGCACUUCUCGAUGCCAUCCGAGAGGCGUAUGCUGAACGCCACCUCGUUUACAUGCCAACACAGGUUCAAAAAAUGCUCGAGUUGUACGAGCAGCUACGUCAGCGUAUGGGUGUUGUCAUCGUGGGUCCUGCUGGCUCCGGCAAGAGUGUAGUUUGGAACGUUUUGCGCAGCGCCCUGGCGCGCGUGCAACCACACGCCGUCAAGUCGUACGUUGUCAACCCCAAGGCCAUGCCUCGCCAGCAAUUACUUGGACGAAUUGACGUAGACACGCGCGAGUGGUUCGACGGUGUCCUGACCGCGGCCUCGCGCCAAGUGGUUCGUGAGUCCCUCGAUCGUCACUCGUGGAUCGUAUGCGAUGGUGACAUUGACCCCGAGUGGAUUGAGUCACUCAACUCGGUGCUGGAUGACAAUCGCCUCCUGACCAUGCCAUCGGGUGAGCGCAUUCAGUUUGGGCCCAACGUCAACUUUUUGUUCGAGACGCACGACCUUGCGGCGGCGUCGCCAGCCACUGUCAGUCGCAUGGGCAUGAUUUUCCUGUCCGAGGAGGACACAGAUCUGCCGGCGCUGGUCGAGGCUUGGGUAGGCCAGAACAUUGUGGAGGAGCAUCGAACUCAGCUUUUGGACUGGAUCGCAGACUCGCUCUACCAAGCCAUGGAUUGGAUUGAGCAGCGCCGUAGCCACCUCGUGGUGGAACAGAGCAAGGUGGGCCUAGCGCUCAAUGCCCUGCGCCAGCUCAUCAGCGUCGACAGCAAACCGGCCUUUGCCUGUGCUCUUGUGCGCGGCAUUGGCGGGCCUUUGGACCCCACCCUUCGUGCUGAAUUGGCACGCAGCAUCUUUGGCUGGCUCGGUGUGCCCGGUGACUUGAAUCGUCCCCUUGACAACGCCGUGACUCAAGAUGGCCAGCUUUACCUGUACACGUCCGAGAUGACUCUGGACUUGGAGGUCGCAGACGUACUGGAUAAUGCGUUGGUUGCCACCGUGGACGUGCAGCGAUCUAUGGACACCAUUCACCCCUGGAUUGAGGGACGUGACCACUUUUUGAUCGUUGGCCCCGAAGGCUGCGGCAAGAGCAACAUGUUGGCACAACACCUGCGCUCGCUCCGCUCCACGGCGGUUGCAACACUGCAUUGCAAUGCGCAAACGAGUGAGGAAGACGUAAUUCAGAAACUGCAGCAGGCGUGCGUCACCGUUAGCUCAGGAUCAGGCCGCGUGCUUCGCCCGCGCGAUGCUGAGCGUCUCGUCUUACUCAUCAAGGACCUCAACUUGCCCAAACCAGACAAGUGGGGAACCUCGACCAUUGUGGCCUUUCUGCAACAAAUGAUCGCGCAUCAGGGUUUCUAUGACAAGGCUCUCGAUUGGAUCGCUCUGGAGGGUGUGCAAAUCGUCGUGACCAUGAAUCCAAGCUCCACGAUGGGGCGCCAUGCGCUCACGCCGCGCUUCACGAGCUCGGUUCGUGUUCUAGCACUCCAAUACCCAGAACGCGCUCACAUGCAAAACAUCUAUGCGUCCAUGCUGUUACCAAUUCUUCGCGCCAAAACGGACCCCACCAGAGGUAAAUGGGCGUCCCCACAGCAUGCCACGCGCUUAGCCAGCUCAAUGGUGAGCUUGUACGAGCAAGUACAAGCCAAGUACACGCGUGAUACCUAUCGUCAUUACCUGUUCUCUCCCGUGUACCUCACUCGGUGGUGUCGCGAGCUUCUGCGCUACAACCUCCAAGAGUGCGAGGUGUUGGAUGCAUGGGGCGAUGCUGGCCGUAAGCUCUUUCGAGACACGCUCGUGGGCACGCACACCGAAGAGUUUGAUGCGCUGCUGGUCAACGUGUUGCGCACCGACUGGUCCUACACUCUAGUCUUGGAGGAGCUGCUUUUCUCCGCGCUCAUGCCCCUGAGCUCUGGCCCAGGCAGUGACACCUUUGGUUGUGGCAAACCUUUGGUGCGCGUAUCCCGAGAGGACUACGCGGAGCUUUUGAGUCACACAAAGAAGAAAUACUCGCGUGAAUUUCACGACGUUUCCCUAUUUCUCUUUGACGAGAUGUUGGACCGUGUUGCCUCCAUGGAUGCUGUUCUGGCCCAGCCCCGCGGUUCCCUACUACUGGCCGGUCGUAGCGGCAGCGGUCGCACCGAGGCCUUGUCUUUGAUUGCGUAUGCCCUUGGUACAGAGGUAUUUACACCAAGAAUUGGCCGCUUGUACGAUGUCAAGGCCUUCCGCAACGAUCUCAAGCUCGUUGUGCAGCGUGCGGGCGUUCAAGGCGAGCCAUUCGUGCUCCUACUGGAGGACCAUCAGCUUUUGGAGACAGCUUUUACGGAGCUCCUCAACUCGUUGCUCAGCACGGGAGAUGUCCCUGGUCUUUUCGAACCUGCCGAACUUGAGCCGCUCAUGGCAUCAGUCAAGGAUGCCGCCGCUGAUUCUGGCUGGCGUGGAUCCCCGUAUGGCUUUGUGUGCCAUCGCGUUUUGCAGAAUCUGCACGUUGUUCUCAGCCUGGAUUGCUCUCGUGAUUCCUUCAAUGUUGUGUGCGAAAGUAACCCGGCCUUUUUCAAGGAAUGCCGCGUCAAGUGGACGGAUCGCUGGAGUGCGCGCAGCAUGCUGACAUUGCCUGCGUUACUGCUCGAAGAUGUUGUACCAGAUCUGGUCAGCCAUCCUGACACCCUGAAAAGCCUGGCCUCUCUGCAUGAGGUGGCCAUCACUCAGCUCCGUGCCUCUCCGCGCCACUACACGCGCUUCCUGUCCAAGUUUGCUGACCUAUUCCGUUCAAAACGGGACGCUAAGCAAGCUGAAGCCGCACGCUUUACGGCCGGUCUGACCAAACUUGACGAGGCUGCCGCACUCGUGGACGAGCUGAAACAAAAUGCCUCCUCGCAGAAAGUGCGCCUUGCGGAGAAGCAGCAGCAGGCUGACCAGGCCCUGCAUGAUAUUACCACGGCCAUGGCCAAUGCUUCCAAUCAGAAAACCGAGGCGGAACAGCUCAAAGUCACCGUGGCUCAAGAGGAGACUAAAUUGUCGGAGCGCAAACGAGCCAUUGAUCUUGAGUUGAGCGGUAUCGAGCCAGUCUUGGAGGCCGCCAAAAAGGCCGUUGGGGCUAUCACUACGGCCACGCUCACCGAGAUUCGCAACUUGCGGGCGCCACCAGAGGUCAUUCGCGACAUCUUGGAGGGCGUCCUCUUGCUGAUGGGCAUUGAGGAUACGACCUGGAGCAGCAUGCGCUCCUUUUUGGGCAAGCGUGGCGUGACAAGCGACAUCAUCAACUUUGACCAGCGCAGCAUCACACCCGCCAUUCGCGAGAAGGUGGAGGCCCUCAUGACGCGCAAACCCUCUUCCUUUGAGCUGAGCGCGGCCAAGCGUGCUUCAAAAGCGGCAGCGCCGCUCGUCAAGUGGAUGACUGCCAACCUGCAGUAUGCAUCUGUGUUGGAAAAGGUGGCUCCCCUGGAAAGCGAAAACGCGGCUCUUCAAGCAGGACUCGCCGAUGCCCAAAACAAGCUGCACCACCUUGAACAGGAGCUGCGCGUCAUCGACGACAAGGUCGCAGGUCUACGUCAAAACUUUGAGCGUAACACCACCGAGGGCGCCAAGUUGAAGCUAGAGCUAGAGAAGGCGGAAAGCGUAAUUCAGCAGGCCGAGUCACUCAUUGGAAAGCUGGCCGGGGAGCGCGAGCGCUGGGGCGAUCAAGUUGCCACGCUGAACGCCGACGUGGACCGCCUUCCACUACAGGCUCUUUUGGUUGCUGCGUUUUGCGUCUACUUGCCACAGGCUCAGGAGGAGACGCGCCAAGCUGUGAUGCACGAAUGGACUCGUUUGUUCAAUGUGGAGCUGCUCGAUGUUUUGACAUUUCUUAGCACCGAAAGCGAGCAGCUGCGCUGGAAAGCCCAGGGCCUGGCCUCGGAUCGACUUUCCCUCGAAAACGCGGCAGUUUUGACCCGCUCGCGACUUCCCGUGUUUGCCAUCGACCCAUCGCAAAACGCAACACGUUGGCUGGCCGAGGCCAUGCGAGAGCAUCGAUUUGAAUCGGUGAGCCAGCAGGAUGCUAAUUUUACAACGGCUCUGGAGCUAGCUGUGCGCUUUGGCAAAACGCUUCUUGUGCGCGACGUGCGCGACCUUGAGCCCAUCCUUUAUCCGGUGAUGCGCCGCGAGCUUGUGGUCCAGCUGGUCGACUACAACGAAGACUUCCGUCUCUUCCUCGUCACAGCCGACUCGCGCUGCCAGCUCCCUCCAGAUGCACGAGCCAGCUUGUGUGAAGUCAAUUUCACAGUCACACGAGAGGGCCUGGCCGGUCAACUCUUAGCCGCAACGCUUCAGCAGGAGAAGCCACAACUAGAAGAACGCAAGACAGAAUUGCUGCACCAGGAGGAACGCCUCAAGCUGUCCCUCAACGAACUUGAAGACUCGCUGCUGCAGGAGCUGGCUUCGGCGCAGGGCAAUAUUUUGGAGAACGAGGCUUUGCUCGCCUCUUUGAACGAGACCAAGGCUCAAGCGCUCCAUAUCGGCACUUCCCUGGAAGAAUCACAAGCCCUGCAGGUAGCCCUCAACCAGGAGCGCGACGUAUAUCAGCCGCUUGGGCAAUUUGCCUCUCGCCUCUACUUUUUGAUGCAAGACCUGAGCAAGCUGAGCCCGAUGUAUUACUUCAGCCUGCCCACCUUUCUGGCCCUCUUUCGCCGUGCCUUGCAAACAAAAUCGCCAAACAGCGACGGUGCAGAACUGCGGGUCAAGCACUUGUCAGCCCAGCUCCUGCGUAUCGUCUACGAGUAUGUGGCCCGUUCACUCUUCAAGGACGACCGCGGCUUGUUUGCUCUCCAUUUGGCGCGAGGUGUCCGUCCGGACCUGAUCCAGGCUCAAGAAUGGACUGCAUUUGUGGAAGGUGGAGGAGGCGCCACCGUGCGGACGCGCGAAUCCCAAGAAAAGCUGCGCUCCCGCGUGCCCUCUUGGGUUCCAAGUGAGGUCGCGCCCCGCUACGCUGCGCUCUUGACCAACUUGCCAGAGCUGUCCCAAGCCUUGACGGGUGUGCAGGAAGAUGUUUGGCGCGGCUGGGUGCGCCUGCCAGCCUGCGAAGCCGAAGUUCCACCGGCUGCCUCACAACGACUCUCGCAAUUUCAAAUGGUUCUGCUCAUUCAAGCCGUGCGUCCCGAUCGCAUUCCUGCUGCGGUCUCGCACUUUUGUGCCCGAGCCUUGGAUAUGCGCUCCCUGGCUUCGAAGCCUGUCAGUUUGAAGCGUGUUUACCAGGAAGAGAGCAGUUCUACGGAACCCAUCUUGCUUCUCGUAUCGACGGGCGCUGACCCUUCUCAGGAGCUUGAGGACGUGGCCAAUCAAGUGGUCGGUGCCAAUCGCUUCCGCCAGGUAGCCAUGGGCCAAGGCCAGUCCGAUGAAGCUCUGCGCCUGCUACGAGAAAGCGCACAGCAGGGUGAUUGGCUUCUGCUGAAGAACCUGCACCUUGUCGUCUCCUGGCUGCCCGUGCUGGAAGCUGAGCUCAGCGGACUCUCGCCUCACGAGGACUUUCGCCUUUGGGCCACUACAGAAGAGCAUCCGCGCUUUAGUCGGACGUUAUUGCAGCGCUCGCUCAAGCUCACUUUUGAAGCUCCACCAGGCAUCAAGCGCAACAUGGAGCGUACCUAUGAAGCCUGGACCCCAGAGAUGGUGGGGGAGCAAGGGUCCCUGCACGCCCAAUGUCUCUUUGUGCUGGCGUGGAUGCAUGCCGUCUUGCAAGAGCGACGCACGUACAUCCCUCAAGGUUGGACCAAGUUUUACGAAUUUUCAGCUUCAGAUUUGCGAGCAGCCAGUGAUGUUCUGGGCCGAUGGGCGCGCGAGGCUACCGCCACGGGAGUUCCGGACUGGACGCGCAUGCAUGGCCUGUUGAUCAAUGCCCUGCACGGUGGGCGAAUCGACAAUGCCUUUGACAUGAAGGUGUUGCAGGCCUAUCUGCAGGCCUUUUUUGGUGAGACCACCAUUGCGGUCGGUCAGGGACAUCGUGGGGCUGGCCGGCUAGCACCGGGAGUUACGAUUCCCACGAGCGUACGCCAUGCCGAUUACACAGCAGCCAUCGAAGCUUUGGCCGACACGGAUCGACCCGAGCUCUUUGGCCUCCCGGCAAAUGUAGAGAAGGCAGUCCAGGAGCAACGAGCCCUCGACUUGAUUCAGAAGGUCCAUGUCUUGCAGCGGGAAGACGAUCUUGAGAGUCAGUUUGAUCGUCAACGCUGGGCAGCGACGCUUGAGCCAUUCAUUGCCGCCUGGCAGAAACUGGUGCAACAGUCGACGGAACUCAAGGAAGGCGGGAGCAAGCAACGACCCUCCGACGACCCCGUCACCAACUUUGUUGUCCUCGAACGCUCGCACGGGUUGUCACUGGUGCAGCUCGUGAACGGUGAUAUCCAACAGCUCCAGGCAGUCUUGCGUGGCACGGCGCUCUUGACACCGCGUAUUGAUGCCUUGGCGCGAGCCCUGCUCCGCCGCGAGACGCCGCUGGCGUGGUUCAAGCGCUGGGAGGGCCCCGAAGACGCCACGCAAUGGUGCCGCAAAAUUGUUGCCAACACCAUGGCGCUCAAGGCAUACGUCGACGCCGCUGUGGCUGGUAACCUGCUGCGAUCGCCAGUGAGCCUCAGCAACUUUUUCCGACCUGACACCUUUUUCAACGCUCUCCGCCAAAAAACAGCACAAGCAACGGGUGUGGCCAUGGACAGCCUCGUGUUCAAAAGUGCGUGGGGGGAGGCCGGUGUGGCCGGCGCCACACUCUCUGUUCAGCUUACUGGCCUACAAAUACAAGGCUGCGUGUUCGAUGGUCAGCGUCUGAGUGAGGCUGAUCGGGAAACCCCCACCUUAGUCAAGGUGCCCACCCUUUCGGUGGCAUAUGUGCAGGAAGUCGUCAACCAUGAGAAUGAUCUAGAGGUGCCGCUGUACGCAGCAACAGAUCGCUCGAAGCUGUUGGCACGUCUCUACGUGCCCUGUGCCUCCAAUGCCAAUAAAUGGAUCCUGGCUGGUGUGGCAAUGUUCUUAGCAUGA